GACAAGUUAAAACAAGUUGCGGUGCGCGUUUUCUCCAUAAAUGCGUGUAUGGUGCGCGCGCUUCACAAUACGCGUUAUGUGUGCCACAAAUACGAUUUUUUCGCCGUGUGAACAUCUUCAAUGACAGCUGAUUUGCUUGUUACAGUGUGCUUUGCAGACAGCUAAAGAGGUAGCGAUGGAUGACAGUUGGGACGACCCCGAAGGUGAUGAUCUGAUAGCAAAACUUGAGUGUGACGGUGUCCCCGACUCAAGACCUCCUCUUUAUAAGUAUCGAAAUGGUCGGGUAUACGUGUCAGAUUUGUCCAGUCAAAUGUACUGCGAGCAGAAACUGUUGUACACGCUCAUCGGAGUACCUCGUUUGAAAGAAAUGGGCUAUGACGUUGAAGAAGGUGAGAGCCCGCAAGUCACUCGUGGUUCGGAUAUCCACAUGGCAAGACAGCUCGAAGUUCAAGAUGUGGUUACUGUGCACACAGAGACGCGCGAGGACAACAUUGCCGUCCUAUUCCUGAAUCUGCUGCAGUCUGUUCGCUCUUUACUCUGUGGUGAGCCAAUUGCCCGAGAAGUGCCUGUGUUUGGGAGAGUCCUUUACGGCGACAUCUUUGUCAACGGAGUCGUAGAUGAAGUGCGUUGCGAUAGAGAUACUCUUCAAGUCGACAUCGUUGAAUUGAAAACGAUAAGGAGCACGAGACUACCAAGCGCACAGGUUCGCCGCUCGCAUAGGUUACAAGUUAUGUUGUAUCACCAUCUGUUAAGUAACCUUGUUCAAGGAAAUGUGGACGUUAAUGAUAUCGAAAAAGGCUUUCGCGUGAACAUGGAUGUGAAGUUGAGCUCAGUGGUGCUUGAGUUGUUGCCGCUGGAAGAGCGGCAUAUGAACUCCCUUAGUCAUCUGGUGCCGUUCGUAUUGAGUGCUGUUCAAGGGUUACCUCUCCCCAGCCAAUUACUUGUGGAGUAUUUCAGUCAGGAAACCAACAACACGCUGCGUUUUGAAGGUGUUGAGUAUAAUCAGAAGUGGUUGAUGGGUACUCUGCAGGAGUUGUUUCCAUUCUGGACUGGCGAGAGGCCUGCAGAAGGAGUUCAUGACAUCGAAGAUGCAUGGAAGUGUAAAUGUUGCCCAUUUCAAAGUAUUUGUGAAUGGCGUCAGGCCAAAGAAGCUGAAUGUAUUAAGCGCAAUUCGAGGUGCUUUGUGCAAACUAAAUAAAAUGGUUGCAGCUGCAUGUGAACUUUUCUCUAUUCCAUUGCCGCCUAUUAUUUGUUACAUUGUAUUUCCUGUUCAAUAAUUUCGUCUAGUACGGUUUUAUCAGUAGUGUCGCAACGUGCAAAUUAGCAAAAUCGGUUGGUGCCUCCAAUGUGCCCUAGUGGCGAGUGAACAAGUUAGUUAAGUUGUUAAAGUCAUUGCUCUUGGCAUUGAUCUAAUCUCGUAUAAGACUGUUAGAGUUGGCUUCUCCGGAAAAAGCACAUUUGUUUUGCUAAGCACUAUGCUAUGUAUUAACUUGCUGAUAUAGUACCCAUACUUCACCCAACCUUGCACAAAGCUAAAGCAAAAUGACAGUGAAAUUAAGAAAAACUAACUUUUGUGGCGUAUUCAUUAUAUUAGAACUCUCGGUCUCGAUAAUUCAUGCAACACAAUCUUUUUUUUUUAGUCGAGUGGUACCCGUAACUAAAUGAAAGCCAGAAACUACUGCAGUUAAGUUUGUCAGUAGGGUGAGGGAAACAAACAUACACCUCACGGAGUCGUUCAACAGCAGGAUAUACUUAAGAAAAUGUGGAUCAAAAUCCUGUGUUCAUCAGUUUGUUGUCACAUUACAUAUUGUAAGUGAAAUCGAUGAAAAGCAAAUUGUGCAAUUAUGGUCAUAUUCUCUCAAUAAUUAAAAUUCCUGAACCUCGAUACAAAGGCACGGAAGUAUCUCACUUGUCACAUUAAAAUUUAUUCUGCAUCAUUAACAUUGUUUUAUGUCAACAUCAGAUAUGUAAGUUGAUCUCUUGACAUAUGUGGAUUGAUGUGUUUAUCCCUCAACUAUUUACUGCACUUUUGAAACACGGGAAGAGGCUUUUUUUAUAGAUUUUAUUGCAAACAGUGAAAACAUUUUUUUAUUGUAAACUUUCUGAGAUCUCCAAGGCCACAAAUUCGUACAUUCCAAUUUAUCUUGGGUAACUGUUGGAAUUGUGCUUUGUGUAUGAUUUCUUACAACUUUCUUGACAAAGUAUGGGAAAACUCAGUUGAAACAUGCACUACGCAUUUUUCUUUGGCAUUAGUUACUUGUACCCACUAUAAAUGUAGUUGGCAAAAACUAUAUUAAAAUUAUAGCAUUUGCA